AAGAAACUGAAACUCUACAGAAGUACUCCAGGAAGCUGACCAUGGAGGAUGACUUCCAAGUGUGCAGGAACUGGCCUGGAAAGAGCUGAUCCCAGGUAUGCAACAAGGCUUCAUGCUUUAUACUGAGGCACUGUGCCUUUCUUUCUCCCCUACUUCAUCCUGAAGCAAAAGAAAUGUGGCCUCUCUCCACUUCACGCUCCACGAGGCCCACUGCCUGCGCUUCCUGGUCCUUUGCCCGAAAUGUGAGGAGCCCAUCCCAAAGUCAAAGAUGAAGGAGCAUAUGGAAGCUGUGCAUCAGCAGACCAAGGAGAGCCAACAGCACCCUGCCAAGUGCAAGUUCUGUGAGCUGGCCGUGCAACUCAGCAAUCUUGAUGUCCAUGAGUCCCAUUGUGGCAGCCGGACAGAGCAUUGUCCACACUGUAACCAGCCCAUCCCACUCCGAGUACUGGCCCAGCACAAAGAUGUGUGUCAGAGAGCAAAGGGCAGACCGGAGGAAGGAAAGAAAAUUGUAUCAUCUCCUAGAAGAAAAACCCGUUGUGAUAUUUGCAAACAAAUGAUUCCAGAAAAUAAGUAUGCCUCCCAUAUGAAACAAUGUUCAGCCCCAACAACUGUGACCCGUAUUCUGGACAGAAGCACAAUAGUCAUUCCUUCAACCCUUUCAUGUAUGGAGACUGGAAAUCGAAGAUCCACAGUGAGUAAAGAUGUUCGUCCAAAGACAAAAAUUAGAAACAGUUCAACAAAGCGAGAGACAAAGGACUCAAAUGACACUGUGGAUCUGCCUUUGAAGUCUGGGCUCCAGCAGAGGGCUACUCUUCCUAAAGGAGAUGAGACGGCCUAUGACAUUCUCCAGAACUGUUGUCAGUGCCGAAUCUUACUUCCCUUGCCCAUUCUAAAUGAGCACCAGGAGAAGUGCCUGAGGUUAGCUCGUCAAAAGAAACUCGAGUGAGGAGGGCCAGCUGGAUUCUGAAGAUCGAAGAGUGCCAGUUCACACUUGCUUCCCAGUUCACCCUAGCUUCCCCAGCUUCCUUUCCUAGUGGUCACAGCUUUGUUUUCUUUACCAGUCUCAGUAACCGAAUUCCAUCCCCCCUUUAAUUUCUAACUGUUUCAUACAUACUCACAAUGUAUUGUAAUCAUACUUAUCCCCACUGCCUUCUGCUGCCCCAACCCACUCCUACGAACCCCCUUUCUUCCCAACAGCUCCCUGCUUUCACAUCUUGAGUCCAUGUUUGAGGGCUGCUUGUGUGUGCACGCAUACAUGCUAGCACGCACGUGCUUAUCCAGGCCUUGUGCCAUCAGUAACCACAGCUGAUGUGUGCCCAUUUGCAACAGCCACGGCCAUCUGAAUCCAGAAGAGAGCAUCUGAUAGCACUCCACCAUGUCCCCUGGGCCUUGGGAGGGAUGUAUCAUGUUGGGCUCAGGUGAGGGUACUCAGCUGUCACACUUAGCACUUUGGGUGGUCUUUAUGGAGGAAAAGAGACAGGCUUUCAUCUCUGGGCAGAAGAUGCCUUUUCCCUCUUCUGAACGACAGGUGACCCGGAGAAAAGAAAAGGCUUUCGCUUCCUGCACUGAACCUCUAAGCACCUAGGCCCAACUGCUGGCUUGGUUGCUCAAGAGACCCCUGCUUUAUCCUAAGUUUCUCCCUGACCUUUUUCUUUACCUUCCUCAUUGGUGCUUCCAGAUAAGACAGGUUAGGAAUAUGAGGCCUGCAGGGGGAGAUGAAGAAAAGAAAGGAAGGAGGGAAGGAGGGAGGGGAAAAUGGAAAGAGAAGGGAAGGGAAAGGAAGGGGAGGACAGGGCAGGGCAGGGCAGGGAGAGUUAAAGUUCCCAGAAAGUCUUUGUACUGAGUAUUCUAAAAAGGCUGAUUGUUAGAAGGGCAAUGGUUGUGGGGAGUUUAGCAUGAUGCAGGGCCAUCUUGAGCUACCUUAAAAUGCUGCUAAUUGCCCACAUCUGUGCGUGACCUAACAUCCUGUGACUCCUAGGUAAAGUUUUGGAACAUGUGAGCAGAUCCCAACUGCUAAGAAAGUCAUCACAUGUGCAUCUGGGGCCUAUAGCAAGGUCUCCCCGCUUUGCUAUAACUGCCUACCUGUGGUAUCACCAGAAUUUGUAAAGUGACUUUCUUUGUUCGGUUAUUUCAAAACUUCACAGAAAUUGUUUACCAAGGUCAGAACACAGAUAUCUGAAGCAAACUCAAUCUGUAUUUCUGGACCAUGAUCACUCAUUUGGCUCCAAAAUAAACUAUCUCUGCAUCUCC